CCAGUUCAGAACCAUCUGUUACCGCCUAUUGUAAUGCUCCGCCCAUCAACACGCCCACCCCAUACAAUCUCAAUAUAGCGUGCACCACACCCCGCCCACUCCGCGUUCUCACGUCGUAGUCCCUAUUUAUACGGUUCUGCCCAUUUCUCGUUAUUUUACAUAACCGCGCCCACUCCAGGCGGCAUUCACUUUUUAUUUUUUUUAAACCACACCCCUCAUUAUUUAUAGUACCGCCCAUCCCGUUGUUUUACAUAUCCCCGCCCACAGCUGUCAUGCGCAGGUCGUUGAUCUUUAACAAUACCCCGCCCCCUUCACUUGUGAUUUGCAUACCCACGCUCAGUGUAGUUAGGGCACGCCCCCUCCUCCUGCUUCUCCCCGGUCACGUGACGCUGGUGACGCAGCUGUCUGCAGCGACGUGGAGUGAUGGCGGCUGCAUCCUAGUGACAGGAGAGGAAGAGGCUGUGACUGUGUGUACAGAGACCGGGUGACACAGGACAGCCUAGCUGCUCACUGAAGGAUUAGAUUACCUGCUUCUGUCCAUAAAAGUCUAAGGAGAGGAAAAGGAGGAGUGGGCUUAGUUUAGAGAACACAGACAGACAUACAGAGUCUGCAAAGGGACUUCACGAGAGCUUACUGGGCCCCUGGUAGGAAUGAACAGGUGACUUCACUUCUUGCAACAUGGGUGCCAACAGCAGCACUAUAAACGAACUGUCGGAGAACGACUACUUGAAGAAGCUGUCGGGAACCGAGGCCAUUUCUGAGAAUGAGCCCUUCUGGAACCAGCUGCUGUCAUUUACCUUCAGUACACCAACAAAUAGUACUGACUCCAAACUGCUGGAAGAAGCAACCAUCUCCAUUUGCAAGGCAUUGAUUGAGAACAACCCAAGAACAGGAAAUCUUGGAGCUCUCAUUAGAGUCUUUUUAUCAAGGACGAAAGAACUGAAGAUAUCAGCAGAAUGUCAGAAUCAACUCUUCAUCUGGCAAGCCCACAAUGCCCUCUUUAUAAUCUGCUGUCUACUGAAAGUGUUCAUCUCCCAUGUCUCUGAGGAGGAGCUGCUACUCCACUUCUCCUAUCAGAAGAAAGAGCCCGGAACAUAUGAAUCUGACAUAGAAGACCUUCUAGAGGAGCUGCUGCUUUGCCUCAUCCAUCUCAUCGUUGAAGUUCCUCUUCUUGAUAUAACAUACAGCAUCCUACUAGAGGCAGUCACUGCCCUCGUAGUAUUCCUGUCCUGCCAGCUGUUCCAUAAGGAGAUAAUCCAUGAAAGCAUUAUCCACAAAUACCUGAUGCAGGGCCGCUGUCUUCCUUACACUAGUCGACUGGUGAAAACGUUACUGUAUAAUUUCAUCAGACAGGAGAGAAGCCCCCCACCUGGAUCUCAUGUGUUCCAGCCCCAGGAAGAUGGUGGUGGUCUACUCUAUGGCUUGGCCUCUGGAGUGGCAAGUGGCCUGUGGACAGUCUUAACCUUAGGUGGAGUGGGAAGCAAACCGACCGCCAUACAAGAACAGUCCUCGCCUCUUGCCAACCAAAGUCUGCUCCUCCUGCUGGUACUAGCCAACCUCACCGAUGCCCCAGACUGCCCCAAUCCUUUCCGACAGGCAAUUAUGUCUUUUAGAAACACACAAGACAGUUCCGUGCCGUCCAGCCCGAGUCCUCACACGUUCCAGAUAAAUUUCAAUAGUCUCUACACUGCCUUGUGUGAGCAACAAAAGUCUGAUCAAGCCACACUGCUCCUGUACACAUUACUGCACCAGAACAGCAACGUCCGCAUGUACGUCUUGGCUCGCACUGAUAUUGAAAGCCUGGUUGUUCCCAUAUUGGAGAUUUUAUACCAUGUUGAAGAACGUAAUUCCCACCAUGUUUACAUGUCUCUAAUCAUCCUUCUCAUCCUGACCGAGGACGAUGGGUUCAACAGAUCCAUCCAUGAAGUGAUAUUGAAGAACAUCACCUGGUAUUCAGAGCGGGUGCUGACUGAGAUCUCUCUGGGCAGUCUGCUCAUUCUGGUGGUGAUCAGAACCAUUCAGUAUAACAUGACUCGCACAAGGGACAAGUAUCUGCACACGAAUUGCUUGGCUGCUCUGGCCAACAUGUCCGCUCAGUUCCGCUCCCUUCAUCAGUACGCUGCGCAGAGGAUCAUCAGUUCUGCCUGCUGCCACUUGCGGAGAUACUUAUAUGUCCUGGACAAAAUGUAUUUUCCUCCCUCUCACUGCUCCACGCUGCAGCAUUGCUUCACCAGUCUGAGUGAUAAUGGAGAGGAGCUGUUGUCUCUAACUUGCUCUCAUAUACUCCGAUCCUAUGCCUCCAGUUUGUUUGCAUUACUCUCAAAAAAACACAACAAAGUCCUGGAGCAAGCCACACAGUCUCUGCGAGGAUCCCUUGGCUCCGAUGACUCUCCGUUUCCUGACUACGCACAAGACCUGAGUGUGAUCGAAGAAGUCAUCCGGAUGAUGCUGGAAAUCAUAAACUCCUGUCUGAGUAACUCCCUCCACCAUAACCCCAACCUGGUGUACGCUCUCCUAUACAAGCGGGAGCUCUUCGAGCAGUUUCGGAGUCACCCGUCCUUCCAGGAUAUUAUGCAGAAUAUUGACAUGGUCAUCGGCUUCUUCAGUUCUCGCCUGGAGCAGGCCGGAUCAGAUCUCUCUGUGGAGCGGGUCCUGGAGGUCAUCAAGCAAGGCGCAGUCUCGCUGCCCAAAGACCGACUUAGGAAAUUCCCUGAGCUGAAGUUCAAGUACGUAGAAGAGGAGCAGCCGGAGGAGUUCUUUAUCCCAUACGUUUGGUCCUUAGUUUACAACUCAGGCGUGGGACUGUACUGGAACCCGCAGGACAUUCAGCUCUUCACUAUGGACUCCGGUUGAGUGAGACGCUUCAGGAUUACGCUUCGUGUUAUAUCUCUGCUGCAUGGAGGGAACGUAGGACCUUACAUUCUGCAAUGUGUGGUGGACUUCAGACCUACCUACCCCGGUACAAGCAGUCACCACAGUCUUCUUUUUAAGUGUUUCUUUAUAUUUUUCCUUAUUCUAAAAAAAAAAUCCUGUGUUCCAAAAAAUUAUAAUAAUAUCAUAUAUUUUUAUUUUGGCAUAAGAGGGGAUGUUCUAGGUAUAUCAAUUUAAUUAUAUAAGUUUGAGUUUAAUUGAAUAAAGCUGUGAAAUUAACGGCA